CAGUCGAGCGAAGUCGCUCGAGAAGAGUAGACGUAUGGAUUGAAAUUAUCGUUCCUGUGAUCGUUUAUCGUUGAAAAUAAAAGAAAUAAGAAUUCGUUAGUUUAUACAAACGGGGUCGAAAUUCAGUUUCUCGGAGUCGUUGCAACAAAACAAAAUUCUUCUCGUUCAUUUCAAAACCCGUGAGGUGAAGAGUUAUCUUUUCAGUGAUUCUGCAAAUGUAAAAUUUCGCAAUAAUUUACGGCGAGAGCGAUAAAGUGAUAAAAUGGCUGAAACGAAGGAAUGCGUUUCCUGCGGUCCUGGAUACAGAAGUCCAAAAGUGGCGAUGUUGGAAGGCCCAAGAGAAAAAAUUAUGUACGUCGUAUGUAUACAUACGGAUCCAAAAAAAGCUGAUGUCCUUUCAACAGUCGAUGUUGAUCCUGAAAGUCCCACUUAUUGCCAGAUUAUCCACAAACUGAGGAUGCGAGAGAUCGGAGACGAGCUACAUCAUUGCGGAUGGAACAUUUGCAGCAGCUGUCAUGAGUCAAAAAAGAAAAGAGACACUCUGGUCUUGCCUUGUCUUAUGUCAGACAGGAUAUAUUUAGUUGACGUAUCGAACGAGAGAGAGCCAGCCAUUAAAAAGGUGAUAGAGCCAGAGGAGAUGCACAAACAUGGUUUAGCGACUCCGCAUACAACUCAUUGCGCUCCCACGGGAGAAAUAAUUAUUUCUACCAUGGGAAAUCCGAACGGCGAUGCAAUGGGAAAUUUCUUGCGAAUCGAUACCGAGACUUCCAAAGUUUUGGGAAGUUGGACGACAGGUGAGAAGAGAGCGAAAUUUGGGUACGAUUUUUGGUAUCAGCCUUAUCACGACGUCCUGGUUGCUUCGGAAUGGGGUGUUCCCCGAGUUUUUAAAAAAGGCUACGCCACGACAGAUGGUCCUGAUCCUGCUGUUUAUGGAAGGAGUCUGAAUUUUUAUUCUUGGAAUGAACGAAAGCUUGUGCAAGUUCUGGAUCUCGGGUACGACGGAAUAGCUCCUUUAGAAAUCAGAUUCCUUCACGAGCCCACUUCGAGUGAAGGAUUCGUCGGAUGUGCAGUCAAUGCAAACGUCUUUAGAUUUUUCAAAAAUGAAAAUGGAAAAUGGGUCGCCGAGAAAGUCAUCGACGUCCCUCAUAAGAAAGUCGAAGGGUGGAUUGCACCUUACAUGGGAGGAAUGAUAACGGACAUUUUAUUAAGCCUUGACGAUAAGUACUUGUACUUUUCGAACUGGCUUCACGGAGACGUCAGGCAGUACGACAUUUCGGAUCCGAAAAAUCCGAAAUUAACCGGUCAAAUUUUCCUCGGAGGCUCCAUUUUGUCCAACUCGAAUGUCAAAGUGAUCGAAGACAAGGAAUUGUCAAAACAACCCGAUCCGAUUUAUGUCAAAGGACGAAGACUUUUGGGUUCUCCACAAAUGUUGCAGUUGAGUCUCGACGGUCGAAGACUUUACGUCACUACCUCGAUUUUCAAACCCUGGGAUAAACAAUUUUAUCCCGAACACUUCAAGCGAGGCUCAACAAUGGUUAAACUUGACGUUGACAUUGACAAUGGAGGCAUGAAGUUGGAUGAAAAUUUCUUGGUUGACUUCGGAGCUGAUAAGGAUGACAUUUUAUUGGCUCAUGAAAUGAGAUAUCCUGGAGGAGAUUGCACUUCCGACAUUUGGCUUCCGGAAAAAUAAACACUAAUUUUCCCGAAAAAUGUUUAGCAACACGUUUUUCCUUAACUCUAAUACCAAGAGGUGAACAACCUGAUAAUUUCUUAUACAGUUGAUAAUAAAUAAUGCUUAUUCAAUUUUU